CAAGACUGUCAAAUGUUCAGAUUGUCAUAUCAGUCGAUUGCGUAUAUGGGAAUAGAUAGGUCCUUAUAUUUAUAAUUUAUGCAAUCUGCAAUUGAUAAUCAAAACACGUCAUAUAACAUACAGCGACCAUAAGAGUUGCUGUCAUCUGGUAUGCAAACACUAUUGAAGAUGGCUUCAAGAUUCAGCGGCGUAAAAUUAGGGCCUCCGAUAGAGGUUUUUGCUCUUCAGAAAGCCUUUGUAGAAGACACUUUCGAAAAAAAAGUAAAUCUGUCCAUAGGAGCUUAUCGUACCAACGAGGGGAAACCAUGGGUGUUACCGGUCGUUCGAAAAGUAGAAAAAUCAUUGGCUGCGGACGAAUUACAAACUCACGAAUAUCUUCCUGUUUUGGGAUUGGAUGCAUUCAGUCAGGCAGCGACGACUAUGUUGCUGGGAAAAGAUUCCGCUUUGGUGGCGCAGGGCCAAGCUUUUGGUAUCCAAACGUUAUCCGGUACCGGGGGAUUGCGCGUUGCGGCUGAAUUCUUAAGUCGCAUUCUUCAUUACGAUACGUUCUAUUACAGCAGACCCACGUGGGGGAACCAUAAACUUGUGUUCCUUAACGGAGGAUUCAAGAACGCUUGCGAAUACACAUAUUGGAAUCCCAAGACUCGCAGCAUUGAUAUAAAAGGAAUGAUCAAAGAUCUUUGCGAUGCUCCGAAAAAUGCUGUAGUUAUUUUUCAUGCGUGCGCGCAUAAUCCAACCGGAUGCGAUCCAACCUCCGAACAAUGGGCCAAAAUAGCAGAUUUGAUAGAAGAGAAACACCUAUUUCCACUUUUCGAUAGCGCAUACCAGGGUUUCGCCAGCGGCGAUUUAAAUAAAGACGCUUACGCUGUAAGAUUGUUCGCCGAGCGUGGGAUAGAAUUGAUGUGCGCGCAAAGUUUCGCAAAAAACUUCGGAUUGUACAACGAAAGGGUUGGAAAUUUGGUGGUUGUUAUGUCCGAUGUAAAAUUAGCUGCAUUUACCAAGUCUCAAUUGACUUUGAUCGUUCGAGGAAUGUACAGCAAUCCACCUAACCAUGGAGCAAGAAUAGUUGCAACUGUAUUACAAAACCCAGAUCUCUAUAAAGAAUGGGAGGAUCAUAUUUGUACAAUGUCUGGUAGAAUAAAAGAAAUGCGAAAAUGUUUACACGAAAGACUGGUUCGAUUAGGAACACCAGGUUCAUGGGAUCACAUUACUCAACAAAUAGGAAUGUUCUCUUAUACAGGACUCACCGAGAGACAAGUUGAACAUUUGAUAAAUCACUAUCACAUCUACAUGUUACGAAGUGGUCGAAUAAACAUGUGCGGAAUCAAUGAAAAUAAUCUGGAUUAUGUAGCAAACGCGAUCUACGAAACUGUCGUACUAUUUCCACAAAAUGAGGAAAGCUGUACAUGUUAAUAUGGCUUCUUAAGACACGACGUAAAUCUAAAUAAGUAUACAUUGUUGAAGCUUUAGUACCGAAGGCAUUGUUGAAGUUUAGUAAUAUUUUCUAUGUAUUCAAAUUAAAUUAGAACCAUAGAAAUUCCGUAUAGUUGCUAUUUUCGUAUCUUGUUACAAAUCUUCUUUGAUUUACUAGAAUGUGUAAACUCUAUAGAUUACUUUUGGUCAAACGUUGUUUCAAUUCUCGAGAAAUUAAUACGAAUUUUUAUGUUUUGCAGAAAAUAAACCGUUUUGUUAAAAAUCGCCUUAUCUACAAAAGUACAAAAUGUCGCAAAGUAUUAUGAAUCGCCAAAUUUUAAUACGUAUGUUGAUACAAUCGCUUAUUAUUAAAAUCAUUUCAAUGGAGCUUGAACAGUUUACAGAAAAGUACGAAGCAUUUACUACAAAAGUUCACUUUGAUACCAUGUUUUUAUUAAAUCUUAAAAACAUUAGUAUUGACGUUCAAUAGCAUCAAUAGUAUUGACUGAAUAUUUUUACAAAACUUUUAAUGAUUGCAUUUACAAACCGUAGGGCAUUUUAUUCUAGAAUCUAAAUAUUUUGUUUGAAUUAGCAUUUAUUACGCACAAUCUUGUAAAUAAAUUAAACCGUUGUUUUAACCGUAAAGAAAGUUCCAGAACUGAAUGGAAGUUUUUAAAAAUAUUCAAAAAUUCAACUUUUCUAUCAGCAAACAUCUAUUUAUAAAGUAUCUUAUACUAAGUAUGAAAUUUUUAAUACUAGAUUGAUGUGCGCACGUUAAUUCUACGAAAAACUAAAAAUUAUUUAUUAUAGAACGAAUAUAAAAGUGAAAUUUCAAUUAUUUUAAUAAUAGGCGAUUAAUUUGCUAUCGAAGAUUUUUCAUUUCCGCAGACAGAAAUUUAAAUUUAAGAACUAUCGAAAUUUCCAAAUGUUAUAAGUCAUUGUUGCUGUUAGUUACUAUUUAAUAUCAUAUUCUAAGUGAAAAAUCAGUUAUGCUUUCAAGCGUUAUACAAGAAAAAAGUAAUCGCAAUAUAUGAUAAUGGUAUAUUUUUUCUAUUUAUGAGGGAAAGUUAGUUUUUUAUCAAUGUAUAUUACAAUUUUGAAGGUAUUAGACAUAGUUUCAAGUAUACUCAUUAAAUGAUCCAGUGAAUCGGAAAAGAACGAUUAUUUUAAGAAGAAUAUAUAAUUUUUUAUUUAGCAAUCUUCAAUUUUGAUUUAUUAGUUGCUUCCAAAGUAGUUUGUAAAUUGCAUUAACGCGAAGAACGUGAAUUUUUACAAUCAAAAUCAAUAUGAUAAACGUUCGAUGUAUAGUAAUCUGUAUAUCUUCCAAGUACUGCAUGGAAAAGUACAAUCAGGCAUUUUAUUUCUAUCUCUCCGAGUAUUAGUUCACUUGUACUAUAUAUUACUAAUAUUUAAAAUGUUUAUAUAUUACGUACAAAGAAAACUAUACACGUUUGUAAUGUUUACAGAAUAGCUAUAUAUAUAUAUAUAUACACACACACACACGUACAUAUUUUUAGUAAAAAAAAUUGUUGUGACAUUUAAGCUUAGAACAGUCCUUGUUCAAAAGUCUGGACCAAAUUCACAACCCUUCAAAUUUUUGUAAAAAUUACUUACAAUUUAAAACGAUCUUGUACAUACUGCCAAAGUUGACGACUUGAGCGAGCAGUGGCAAGGAUUACUUUUCUAUAUAUUUGUAUGUAAUAAAUAUGAUGCAGAAUGUCGUUUAUAUUUUAUAAAAUAAUGUAUAAUUUUGUAAAAAUCGCAAUAUAACUAAAAAAAAUAUUACCCUAGUUUUAACAUGCAUUUACGCAAGUUUUAAACUCUUGUAGGACUUAAAGAAGAGAAUUGUAUCCGAAACGAAUAUAGAAACGAUAUAAUUGUACGAACGAAUUUAAAACACACUGGACACACGAUCUUUUUACACAAAUUAAUAUUAUAUGGAAAUCACGUCUGUCAUUCGCAAUUACUCGUUUUUUUUUUUUCCUGUUAUCUGUCCCUGGUUACUCAUUCCUUCGCGAACAAAACACCUUCGACCCUUUUGCACAUAAAUUAAUAUUUAACGAAACUACAGCGCCGUGCAAGUCUUCAGUACAAAUCUCCUACACUUUAAAUACCGCAAUAGAGAUUAGAUACAUGAUACUGUAACAUUAUAGCUAAUAUUUUUAACACAGCGAAUGUUCGAAAGUAGAAUUAUAUACAAACGUAUUUGCGUUUCGGGAAAGAAAAACAAUAUUCUACAUUUUCUAUUUAGAAUUUCUUAACAGGUCAAGAUAUUAUGUAUUUGAGUUUGGAAAAAUGUAGCCAAAUUACAUUUUGUUACGAUACGGUAUAACAUAUAAUUAAACUGUAAUUGAAU